UAUAAAAACUCCUUUGAAGCAAUCUACUCAGCCUUUACUUCCAGGUGCAUCGAAUUCUGCAGGCAAUUCUUGGAACUUUGAAACUUAGGAUGGAUGGACUUUCCUCCUGUUAAUUAAUUUCAUCUAAAUAGGACUUAAAUAGGACAUUUUGCCUGCAGGUAGUGUCAUCUCCGGUAACUUCAGCCCUCAAUAUUGUGACACAAUAAUCUUCCACUCACCAACUUUGAAGACUUUGGACCAUCAAUUUCAGGAGUUUCCACUUAAAAAGAUUGUCCGAGGAUUACAAAAGAUUAACAAUGAAUUCCAGUCUGGGAGAUCUGGAUGCUAAACAGAACUAUUAUGACUAUAACAAUAUCAGUGACUCAUAUGAGUAUACAGAAGAAGUACUUUCUGAUUUAGGAUGGAAUGUAUGGAUAAGCAUUAUUUUAACUACCUGUUGUGUUGGGUUUGUGGGCAAUGGCUACAUCAUCUGGCUACUUGGCUUUCAGAUUAAGAGAAACUGUUUCACCACAUUCAUCCUUAACUUGGCUGUUGCAGAUUUUGGCUACCUUGCAUCUGCAUUUAUAUAUUACAUCCAUUCAUUUACCGAUUUUCAAGGAAGCAAAGUUUUGUACCACCUCUGUAUCUAUUUCACCUGCAUGGUGUACAUCAAUACAAACUUUCUUCUGACGGCCAUCAGCAUCGACCGGUGUGUGGCUGUCCUCUUCCCAAUCUGGCAUCGCUGUUCCCGGCCAAAACAUUUGUCCUCCAGGGUCUGUGUCCUCCUGUGGAUCUCCUCUUUCCUCCUGAGUGGAAUUAUGAGUGUUAUGAAAUUCUUUGUAAGCUACAGACUGUCCAUGCUCCAUUUCCUUGUGACUGCUAUAAUUUGCCUUCCAUUGAUCACACUCUCGACUGUGGUCCUUUUCAUCAAAGUGUGUUGUAAACCAAAACAGAAAAAUAAGGGUCGGCUUUUACUGAUGAUUUUAAUUACUCUGCUCUGUUUCCUCAUCCUUUCUUUCCCAUUAUGUGUCCUUGCCAUGAUUAUUAGUUUUAUUAGAUUAUUAGAUUAUUAUAUUCUGCUUUCCUGCGUCAAUAGCAGCAUUAAUCCUGUGAUCUAUUUUCUAGUUGGGAGAAAAAAAGGAACUCAGUCCAAGGAGAGCAUGAAGGUCAUUUUGCAAAAGGUCUUCAAAGAAGGGGAAGCGACUGGAGGGAGAUAGAAGAGCUUAAAUCCACUUACAAGACCUCUUUGCUUCCUUCUGAACAGCAAUGAAUAACU